UUUGGUGCCGCAAAAAUGUUGUCAGCUGCUAUUAUCCUGUCAUUGGGCUUCCUAAUUUGGAUUGCGAGCGCAGAUGGGACGAGCGGGGCCACGACAGUGCUGCCCGUGGUGCUAUGGCAUGGCAUGGGCGACACUUGUUGCUUGCCCUUCAGUUUGGGGUCCAUCAAGAAGCUAAUUGAGGAGCACACGAAUGGGACUUAUGUCCGUUCGCUGAAGAUCGGCGGCAAUGUGGUGCUGGACUACGAGAGCGGCUUCUUCGUGCAUCCCAACGAGCAGGUUGAGUAUGUCUGCAAGCAUUUGGCCCAGGACGAGCGCCUGGCCAAGGGCUACAACGCCAUCGGCUUCUCCCAGGGCGGCCAAUUUCUGCGCGCGGUGGCCCAGCGCUGUCCCGAACCACCCAUGCGCACGCUGAUCACGCUGGGCGGCCAGCACCAGGGCGUCUUUGGCCUGCCCAAAUGCCCCACACUAACAGCCACCUCAUGCGAGUACCUAAGCCGCCUGCUAAACGAGGCCGCCUACGAGGAAUGGGUGCAGGACGAACUGGUGCAGGCCACAUACUGGCACGAUCCGCUGCACGAGAACCACUACCGUCUGGGCAGCACCUUCCUGGCUGACAUCAACAACGAAUUGUAUCUGAACGAGAACUACAUCGAGAACCUCAACAAGCUGCAAAGAUUCGUUAUGGUCAAGUUUCUCAAUGACACAAUUGUGCAGCCAAAGGAUUCGCAAUGGUUUCAGUUCUAUACAUCCGGCCAGGAUCAGGUCAUUCAGCCCUUCAACGAGAGCAAAGUCUAUAAAGAUCUUGGCCUGGACCGUAUGCUGAGAGAGGGCAAGCUGCAGUUCCUGGGCAUCGAGGGCGAUCAUUUGGCCAUUUCCAAGGCAUGGUUUAUCGAGCAUUUGGUGCCGCUGCUGCUGUUGGCGUGAGACGGUGGAGGGAGAGAGAAAGAAAUGACCAAACAGAAAGAGAGCGAGAGAAAGCGAAACAACUCACGAUUUUAACAUUAUAUGACAAUGUACAUACAUAUAUAUAUACAGUUACAGUUACAUAUACAU